AUGUCAGUCCCUCCCAGACCCAAGCCAUCACCCAAGCCAAGCUCUCAGCGUCUCCCUCCGCCGUCAUUAUUCCAAGGACCGCCAUCACAUAAUGCAUCCAACGUUUCACUAUCCGUUGCAGGGGGUCCCCAGCGACCGCCUUUCGUGCGAUCUCGCUCUCGUCGUUCUGCAGCAUCCUCAGAAGCCAACCGCAGCUUGUCACCGUUCAUCUCACGUACCCAAUCCCAAGGUGAAGCAGACAGUGCAGAAAUACUAUGGCAGGAAAUGCAGAACACCCUCGCCGAGGUAGAGCUGAGUGCGGUUCAUGGAGAGCACGUCUUUGGCGAAGAGCAUUCGAAGGCGUUGGACGAAUUGCGGACAAAGCAGCUGAAACUCGCCCAAGCAUGGGCACGGAGUGAAGUGGACGAGGUGGUGGAGGACCAAAACGCGGAGGAGCAGAAUCAACCUGCUGCCAAAUCCGGAGGGCAACCGGGAUCCGGAAGAAUGGCAGAAACAGGAGCAGACAGCACUGCCACCUACCGAGCUCUGGAGGCAGAGACAGAGAAAGAUCUUCAACACGCACGAAAGAGGCGGGAGGCCAAUGAUCGAUACUUUGACCGUGUUAACAGUAGCGUGCUCGACGUCGUUGCGAGACUGGAGGAGGUCGCUCAAGCCAUGCGGGCAGUCGAGAGAGAGAGCAAGGAUAUCUGGAGCGACACUACGAGUGAGAGCGUAAAUACAACAGCAGCAUCUACCAAUGGAUGA